AUGGGAGAGAAUCCUCCUCAACCAUUGUUAAGAGACUAUGACCACCCCAACGCAUUCCAACUUCGGAGUGGCAUACGUCUUCCCACCACAAAUGCAAACAACUUUGAACUUUCACCUCAACUCAUCCGUAUGAUUCAAAGCGAUCAAUUCGGAGGUAGUCCUCAUGAGUGUCCUUUUGCUCAUUUGGACAACUUUCUUGAGUUGUGUACAACUAUCAAGCAAAACAACAUUUCGGAAGAGUUCAUCCGUAUGCACAUGUUUCAAUUCUCCCUCCGUGAUAAAGCAAAACAUUGGUUGAGAACGGUUGAAGAGGGAUCAUUGAGUACAUGGGACGAAGUCACUAGAGCCUUUCUUGGAAAGUAUUGUCCUCCGGAAAAGACCGCCGAACUAAGAAGAAAGAUCACCAAUUUCAAUCAAGACAUUGAUGAAACAUUGAGUGAAGCUUGGGAGCGUUUCAAAGAUUACACAAGGAAAUGCCCCCACCAUGGUUUUACAUCAUGGAUCAUUGUACAAAGCUUCUAUGACGGUCUUACUCCUAUUUCAAGGGCCAACCUUGAUUCCGGGGCCGGUGGUAGCCUCAAAAAGCUAUCGGUGGACGAUGCAUACAAGAUGAUUGAAGAAGUGGCCAAGCAUUAUGCAUAUGGAGGUGAUAGAAGGCAACCUCAAACAAAGAAGGGCGGAAUUCAUGAUCUUAGUGCAAUAGAUCUUAUUGCAUCAAAGUUUGAUAUGCUAGCUCACAAGCUAGAUCAAGCCACCCUCACACCCUCAAGCUCUUCCUCGCAAGUCAUGUCUUGUGAGACUUGUGGAGGAAAUGAUCACUUGUCCUCUUAUUGCAACUCAACGAAUCAAGAGCAAGCGGCGGCAAUUGGGCAAAGGAAUGAACAAUACUCCCAAUCCCACAAUCAAAGUUGGAAGCCCCAACAUAACACGGGAUGGAAGCAAUACAACCAAGGCCCCCACAAAAUAACUACAACCAAAAUCAAACCCAACCUCAAAACCACUACAACCAACCUCAAUCACAAAACCAACAAGCUCCAUACCGCCAUCCCAACCAAAGGGAUCAAAACCACCAAAGAUCACAAUAUAACCAACCCGCUCCUCCUCCUCCACCUCCUCAAAAGACUAGCCUUGAGUCCGUUCUUGAAACUUUCAUGA